AUGGUCGGAGUCAUUUCAGCCGCCGGUCUGGUCGGCUUCCUCUCCGAACCCGAUCCUGAGCUCAAGGUGUAUGCUUUGAAGUCAUUAGAUUCACAGAUCGAUCUGCUUUGGACUGAGGUCGUUAAUGCAGUUCCUGAGAUCGAGGCUCUAUACGAAGACGAAUCAUUCCCAGAACGUGAACUGGCUGCUCUGGUCGCCUCUAAGGUGUACUACCAUCUCCAAGAAUAUAAUGAGAGCAUGGUUCUUGCUCUGGGCGCAGGCAAACUGUUUAAGCUUGACAACGGUGGCGAGUAUGAAGAGACCAUCAUCGCUAAAUGCGUUGAUACCUUCAUCUCUCUCUCUGCCGCGCAGAACCCGAGCGCCGGUGAUCACUCCGCCCACCUGAACCAGUCUUUCCCUGCCUCUGGCGAGGGUGCCACGAGUACCUCCGCUAGCCUGACCUCUCCUAUAACACCAUUCUCCAAGUCUGCCCUACCUUCGAAGUCCUUGCUAUCCCGACAGGAGGUUCCUGGCAUCGACGCCGCUCCCCCUGGUGGCGAGGACAUCAGCAUCCAGCACGAAGAGACUCCACUUAUCUUGAAGCGUGGCGUUCAGGGCCAACUACAGGCUAUUAUUGAGCGACUAUUUGAGGACUGCUUCCGCCAGAAGCGUUAUCGUCAGGUUAUUGGAAUUGCCAUCGAAGCAAAGAGCUUGGAUGUUCUUCGCAUGGCUAUUAUUCGUGCCAGCGAGGAUGAGAAGAAGCAGCAAGGCGAGUCCCGCCAGAGUGAGGAACUUAUGGAGUACGUUUUGGAUAUUUGCAUGGGCAUUGUCCAAGAGCGGGCGUUCCGCAGCGAGAUCUUGAAACUCAUCCUUGAUCUACUCAAUGAGAUUCCUGCACCUGAUUACUUCUCUAUCGCCAAGUGUGUUGUGUACCUUAAUGAACACUCGAUGGCCUCUGUUAUUCUCCGCCAGCUUGUCGAGAAGGGUGACUCUCGGUCUUUGGCCGUUGCCUACCAGAUUUCUUUCGAUCUUUAUGACAACAGCACCCAGGAGUUCCUCCAGAAGGUGCGCCAAGAAAUUGCCGAGCUUGUACCAGAAAAUGAGGCCGACAAGGAGAACACCCACGCAGAGGCCAACGAGUCAGACCCUCUGCUUGAGGACCAGUCUAUCUCAAUUUCCCGACAGUCGAACAGUGACGACUCGGAUGAGCCGCGGAAAGCUUUUAAGAACAUUCUGUCUAUUCUGGAUGGCAUCAAGACUAUUCAAUUGAAUUUGGAAUUCCUUUACCGGAACAACAAAGCUGAUAUCGCCAUUUUGAAUAAGAUUCGGGAUAGUCUCGAGGCUCGCAACUCUAUCUUCCACACUGCAGUCACUCUCUCAAAUGCUUUCAUGCAUGCCGGUACUACCCACGACAAGUUCUUCCGUGAUAAUCUGGAAUGGCUGGGCAAGGCUGUGAACUGGUCCAAGUUCACGGCAACAGCUGCUCUUGGUGUCAUUCACCGUGGCAACUUGAGUCAGGGCCAGAAGCUUUUGCAACCUUACCUACCCCGUGAACACAUCGCCGGAGUUGGAGGUUCCGGUUCCGUCUACAGCCAGGGUGGUUCUCUUUACGCCUUUGGCCUUAUCUACGCCAACCACGGUGGUAUGGCUGUGGACCUCAUCCGUGACCACUUCAAGAAGGCCACCGAAGAGGUUGUUCAGCACGGUGGUGCUCUCGGUCUGGGUGUGGCAGGUAUGGCUACUGGCGAUGAGGGCAUCUACGAAGAUUUGCGAAACGUUCUCUACACUGACUCUGCUCUCAACGGUGAGGCCGUUGGCCUUGCUAUGGGUCUCGUGAUGCUGGGAACUGGCAACAUGAAGGCGCUAGAGGACAUGAUUCAGUAUGCCCAUGAUACCCAGCACGAGAAGAUUGUUCGUGGUUUGGCCAUGGGUAUGGCGUUGAUCAUGUACGGUCGUCAAGAAGCUGCCGAUGAGUUGAUCAACGGUCUUCUUGGGGAUCCCGAUCCAGCUCUCCGCUAUGGUGGUAUCAUGACCAUCGCCCUGGCUUACUGUGGCAGCGGCAGCAAUAAGGCUGUUCGCAAGCUGCUUCACGUUGCCGUUAGCGAUGUCAACGACGAUGUUCGACGUGCGGCAGUCAUGAGCUUGGGUUUCAUUCUGUUCCGCAAGCACCAGAGUGUCCCCCGUAUGGUUGAACUGCUCUCUGAAUCGUACAACCCUCAUGUCCGUUAUGGUGCUGCCAUGGCACUGGGUAUUUCAUGCGCAGGAACUGGUCUGGAUGAGGCCAUUGAUCUCUUGGAGCCUAUGCUCAAGGACUCCACAGACUUUGUCCGCCAGGGUGCUUUGAUUUCUCUUGCUAUGGUUCUUGUUCAGCAGAAUGAGGCCAUGAACCCUCGUGUUACCAGCUUACGGAAGGCCAUGAUGAAGAUGAUGGGUGACCGCCACGAAGAUGCAAUGGCUAAGUUUGGAUGUGCCGUUGCCCUCGGUAUCAUCGAUGCCGGUGGUCGCAACUGUACCAUCAGCCUGCAGACCCAGACCGGCAAUUUGAACAUGCCAGGCAUUGUCGGUGCUGCCGUUUUUGUGCAGUACUGGUACUGGUUCCCUCUGACCCACUUCCUUUCUCUCAGUUUCACCCCUACUUCUGUGAUCGGCGUGGACCAGAAGUUGGAAGUGCCAAACUUCAAGUUCCACAGCAACACUCGGCCCAGCCUAUUUGACUACCCGCCAGAGCAGCAGGUGAAGACUGAGGAGGCCCCAGAGAAGGUCAAGACGGCUGUUCUCUCCACCACUGCCCAGGCCAAGCGUCGGGCGCAGCGUCGAGAGAAGCAGGCCCGCCGUGAGAGCAUGGACAUUGAUCAGACACCUACCACCCCCAAGGUGUCAGACCAACUGCCCGAGAAAAUGGAGACAGAUGAGGGUGUUCCUAAGGAAGAAGAGGGCAAGGAUGGAGAGAAGAGUACUGGAGAGGGCCCAAAGAAGAAGGCGGAACGGGAGAAGGUUGGAUAUGAGUUGGAUAACAUGUCAAGGGCACUCCCUGCACAACUCAAAUACCUUACAUUCCCCGACCCGCGAUAUGAGCCAGUUAAGCGGCCUACCGGUGGCGUUGUUGUUGUCCUCGACAAGCAGCCUGACGAGCCCCGCGAUAUUGUUGAGCUGAAGGCUAGCAAAGAGCAGCGGCAACCGGCUCCUCCUGCUGAGACCCUCCAAGACCGCCUCCAGGCCGCCAUCGGCACAGCUGCUCUGCAGACUCCUCAACGAAGCGCUGCUCGAGCUGCAAUGUCAGGUACCCCAGCAGGCGCUGCGGCCGCUGCUGGUGUCCUGACUGCUGUUGAUGAGGAUGAUGAGGGUGUGGAGGACGCGCCUCUUCCCGAUGACUUCGUAUAUGAGUCAGAUGGGGAAGAUGAGUAG